UUCCACGUACUUUGCCAUCGAUUGGCGGCGAUUCCGAAAUAGUGCGUCGCGCUUAUUCGACGAACGUGGUGUUUUCGCCCUUGUGUAGCGCUGUUUUUCACAAAAUUGCCAUGUUCAAGUAGUGUUAAGCGAGGUGCAAAGGGUGGCAGUUUUCGGGGAAAAUAAAAAUAACAAAGGAUAUUUUUCUUUGACAAACCAUCAUGAAAAAUGGUUAUAGUCAAAGCCCUAGUCAUUUACUUAUUGAUAAAAUGCGGUGCGCCUUCGCCAGCCAUAGAGAAAGAUGCUCCUUUAAAAUACGAAGAGUAUAUCGUGGAACAUGAGAUCUCCAGCAUGUCGGCCAGAAAUUCGGUUUUAACCAUGGAUAUUAGCUCGAUAAACACACCAUCCGGAUGUAAAGAAUGCAACCCGGAGGAGCAGCGGUACUGCCUCGGUACUGAUCUAAUUAACGAUCAUUGCUGCUGCGAUAAAAGAUACCAUGAAUUGUUCCCGUACAUCCCCCAUACGUGCUAUUUAGGCCCGCAACUAUGUCAUACUAUAGCCACUGAUUGUACCGAGUACCACAGGAUACUCUCCUGUUGCUGUCAAAAGUUAACUGCAGAGAAAUUUCGCGAAUUUUUAUUGAGAACUACAGAGAUACCCGAAACUACUGCUACUACUAGUAUUUUAGUUACCAGCGAAUUAAUUACAGAGCUUUCUACAAUCGAAGAGAUUAACACUUCUCAGCAGUUUAAACGAUUUGCUAUUGCAAAUACGAAAGAUAUUUCCAUAGGGAAGGCAAAGUCGGGAUCGCCAGAAUUACCUAACAAAGUGUUUACACAUAUUUGCUUGUUAAUUUUUAUUCAAUAUACAUUUUUAUAGACUGCGUUUCUAAAUUAAGUUUUUAUUAUAUUAUUUUAAAAUGAUCUAGUCUUGUUCCAAUGUUGAAUGUUAUGUGUACAUAUUUUUAGCUAGAUGUAUUGAAUAAUAUGUGAAUACAAAAAAAGAUUAAGUUUUAAAAGUUUAAAUCUAGUCUGUUAUUAAUAUUGUAGUUAUUAAAUACA